CAUCAGCAGAGUCUUAACAUACACUUUAGGUCUAAAAAACUAAGCUUUGACACUAUGCCAGUCUGUUGAUGAGUCUGUGGAAUACACCUUCAGGAAUUCUUCUAUAGUAGGUCUGUAAUACUUCAGUUUAAAGUGGCAAAACCUCCAACAUCACUGACGUAAAGAUGGGGUUUUUACCACUGAAACAUCAGCGCUACAUUACCGCAAUCCUGAGCUCCACUAUCAUCUUGUUACUUCUGUACUUUCAAAACUCUCUGUUGGUUUUCAACUAUGGUUCUUAUGGUUUUCUAUCUGAGAGCUCUCCAUGUGCUUGCCAUAUCUGUGUGGCAGACAGAGGAAAUAGUAACUGGUUCAGUGAGCGAUACGACCCCAACGUACCAAUUCUGCUCAACAGCAACAACAGUGUAUUGAGUGCAAAUGUCUCCAGGUGGUGGAAGGAGCUACAAUCAAAUGCCGGCAACUACACAAAGGUGAUGGAUCAGUUGUUUUCUCUCUUCUCUGAUGAAGAGCACUACUCAGACACCAGUCCAGAUCGCUGCAGAACCUGUGCUGUGGUGGGCAACUCUGGGAACCUGCUGGGAUCCAAUUACGGGCCUCUCAUAGAUUUCCAUGAAUUUGUAAUAAGGAUGAAUAAAGGCCCGACAGAAGGAUAUGAGAAGGAUGUAGGGACAAAGACGACUCACCGGACUGUGUAUCCCGAGAGCGCCAUGGACUUAGACAACUCCACCCAUCUAGUACUUCUUCCCUUUAAGAUUCUGGACAUUCAAUGGCUCAUCAGUGCCUUCACCACUAAAAACAUCACACAAACAUAUGUACAAGUGCCGUCUACAAUCAAAGCAAAUAAGGACAAGGUGAUGAUCCUCCACCCAGAAUUCAUAAGAUAUGUCUAUGAUAACUGGGCAGAAGGGCAUGGCAGAUACCCAUCCACUGGUUUCUUAACACUGAUAUUCGCUCUUCACAUCUGUGAUGAGGUGAGUGUGUUUGGGUUUGGAGCUACGAGUGAUGGAAUCUGGCAUCAUUAUUUUGAUAAAACAUUGACUUCAUAUGAGAUCGGCGUUCAUGCUGGAAAAUUUGAAAAUGAAACAAUUAAUCGGCUUCAACAGGAAAACAAGAUUUUGAUUCACAUGGGUUGGCCAUGAAGCAGAAACACUC